UGAUGAAGUGCAGGAGCUGGGUCAACCUAGACCCGAUUCAGGCUCUGAGGAUGAUGGCAGCGAUGACGGACUCUUUGGCUGACUGUGGGGCCGAAGCUUCGGCGUUCAAAUCCUGCCUUGUGCAGGUUCAUAUGUCGCCAGGCAGGUGCAGGCCGGCCAGGUCCCUUGGGAUUGCAGCGUGGCUGGCCCUUGGGCACCUUAAGUGCUGGCCUGCAUCCGGCCAGUUUUGCUGCAUGCAGCUCGAGCAUGAUAGAGCUGAUUCACGUGAGGGUUGGCACGGCCCUCUUCAUCAGUGGCCACCUGGGCACGCUGGGCCACCUGUGGUUCGGCCUCGCCCUGCGGUCGCUGGACCUGCUGUGCGUGGUGUUCCGCGUCAUGGCAGGCACCGUGCACGUGAGCACGGGCCUGCCGCAGGCUCGGCGCUGCAGCCCAACUUCGAGACCUUCCGGCAGGCGAACAUCUCGGUGUCCGUGCUGGUCGGCGCGGUGCCGCAGUGCCGCCGCUGCCUCGGGCGCCGCGAGCCGCGGCCGGGCGAGCCCGGGGGCGAGCACGAGCUGGUCGUCUCGGGGAUAGUGAACCGCGCCGAGUUCCAGCUCUCGGCGGACCUCACGUCGCUGCCCUGCGCGCUCCAGGCGCGGCACUCGUACUCCGACGGAGAGCAGCGGACCCUGGGUGUGCUCUUCAACGCGAUCAAGGAGGCGCGCCGCUGCGUCGACUGCAUCCUGCUGGUACUCAUUCACUACUACUGCGGGGCGCUGCAGAUUGCCGUGGUCGUCGCUCUGCAGGCCGCGCUCUGUCUGCCGGAGGCGCUGCAAGGGGUCCAGGUGAUGCUGUUCUUGUUCGUCCUGCUGCCCGUGGUCUCCGCGUCGCUCCUCUUCAACGAGGCCUCCCCGCAGCUGAUGAAGGAGCUGCCUCUCAAGAAGGCGGACGAGAAGACCCUCGCCCAGCCCGGCCGGCUGAUGUCGCUGUACGCGUGCCGCUCCGUGCCAACCGCACUGGUGCUGGUGGCCGCGUUCCUGCACGACCUGCACCGGGUGACGCGGUGGCAGGUCGACCAGGCGAGGGAUCUGCCCUCGUGGAGCGCCUCGCUGCAGGGCGCCUGCGACGGCUUCGACUGGACCUGGUGGGUCACCGGCCGCUGGCCCCGCUGCGCCGGCGCCCUGGAGGGCGGCGCGGCGGCGGCGGACAGCUCGGGGCCCUGGCAGUCCCUCGGGCCCCACAGCGGCGGCAGGCUGCUGGACUCCUCCUGCGCCCUCGCGCACGCGCAGCAGUGGGCCGCCCUCCUGUUUGUGGUCUACGAGGUGGCCCUGGCCUUCACCUUCCUGGACCGCUACGACUCGCUCCUGAAGCGGGGGCCCGCCUCCAACAAGGUGCUCUGCGCGGUGGCCGCGAUGACGCUCCUGGCGAACUGGGCGGCGGGCUCGGCGAUCGUGUCGCGGUCCUGCGGCAGGGACUGGCACACCGUGCUCAUGCCCUCCUGGGACUUCUGGCUGGCGUACGUGCUCGCGUGGCCGAUCCUCGCCAUCGCCGUGUCCGAGGGCACGAAGCGGCGGGACAGGAGGCACCACAGCCACCUCCAGAGGACCCUCCGCGUGCUCUUCAACACCCGACUGGGCAUGUGGCCGCGCGCCGAGGCGGGGCUGCCCCGAGGGCCUCCGGAGGCCUUCGAGGGGGCCGCCGAGGCCCGCACGUGCGGCUCCGAGCAGCGGAUGUUCCACGCCGCCCACAGCGCGACCUACCAGCACGGCCCCAUGUCGGUGGUGCUCGAGUACGGCAGCGGCGAGGUCCUGGGCAAGGAGGCCUACGAGACCGUCUCCGUGGGGCCCCUCGGGAGCACGGAGGCCCCGUUCUGGGAGGUCGUCGACGCCAACAUGCCGUUGCUCCAGCAGUCGGGCUUCGGGGCCAUCGUCGGCCUCGGCCCGAUCCCCGCGGACGCCACCGUCCUGCGCCCACACGGCGCGGAGAACAACAAGUCGUUCGCGCUGCUGAUGCGGAAGCUCGGGGCUGACAGGUACUCGGUCUGCCUCGGGCGCACCCCGCUGUCGCCGGGCGUGCUGGUCUGGAACGACGGGCUCGUGGAGAGCAUGCCGAGGGCCUUCACCAAGGUGACUACCGUGGAGGGCGGCUUCUGGCUGACGUCUCUGACAGACGUCCGCUUCGGAUCCACGCCGGUGGCCUGCUUCGAGCCGGGCUCGUGCGGUGCCAUACUGGACAGCGGCACAUCGCUGAUCUCGACGCCAGAGGACGCCUUCGUCAGCAUCGGCGAGCUGGUGGAGCAGCUGAGCGUCGACUGCGACAACAUCGCGGAGCUCCCCGAGCUGCACUUCAAGCUCGACGGCAUUCCCCACUCGCUGCCCCCGGACAGCUACAUCGGACGCGUGCGCGGCAACUCCACGGACGGCGUCAAGAGCCACUUCAGGACCUCUGGAUCGGCCGCUCCGUCCUGCCAGACGACCUUGAUGAAGAUCAACAUGGACUCGGCCGCGGGCGCGGUCUGGGUUCUCGGGAUGCCUUUCUUCCGCCGGUACUAUUCGGCGUUCGUGCAGGCCACGACGGAAUCGCGUGCCAGCGUCUACACGGCGCUCGCGGGCCCCGACUGCCAGCCAGUUCAGGGCAUCAGCCAGGCGCUGAAGCGAGGGGAGGUGUACUUCAACUCUGGGGCCUCUCCGGAGCGCUCGCCGCCCGAGCUCGGCCUCGGUGCCACGGCGAGGAGCGCGGUCGGGCCGAAGGAUCAGAUCGAGGAAUACGUCUACUUCCUGCUGGAGGCGGCCCUGGGUGGCGAGCUGUUCACCACGUACGAGCGCCUGCGCCUCUACGGGAGCGUGACCGACAUGGGCCUGGCCAAGGUCGCGACGGGCAAGACGUACACGUUGGUGGGCACCCCGGACUACAUGGCCCCGGAGGUCAUCGGCCAGACGGGGCACACCAAGAUGGUGGACUGGUGGAUGCUCGGCGUGCUCCUCUACGAGCUGCUCUCCGGCCACGCGCCCUUCGAGGCGGACAGCACCCCGCAGGUCUACGAGCUCGUGAAGCGCGGCAUCGACCAGGCUCACUUCCCCGCCGCCUGCCGCGGCACGGCCCAGGAGCUUGUCCGGGCGCUCUGCCGCCCCCAGCCGGAGGGGCGCUUGCGGGCCCCGAAGCUGUGCGAGCACGCCUGGUUUUCGGGCGGCCGCGACGGCUUCGACUGGACCGCCCUCCGCAACCAGGCUCUGCCCGCGCCUCACGUCCCGCAGGUGCGCGGUGCGCGCGACCUGGCCAACUUCCGCACCUGCGAGGGCGAGGACCCGCCCUCCACGGCCUACCGGGACCAAGGCAGCGGCUGGGACGCCGACUUCGAGGACGACACGAUCGCGUCGCGGUCGCCCGCGACGCGCGCGCUGCUCGGGCUGGACCAGGCGGCGCACGCGCCGGGGCAGAGCAUGAUGGGCCGGCAGCAGGAGCGGGGCGGGCAGUUCCUGGUGCUCUCGCCGCGGCAGGCCGAGCUGCGGCAGGCCCCGAGGCAGCCGGCGGCGCUCGCGGGCCCGAGCGUGACGAAGCUGUCGAACAGCCCCCCGAAGGGGGCGCGGCUCCAGCAGAUGGCGGCCAAUGGCUGCGCAGCCACCUCCGGGCGCGGCACGCCGCGCACCUCACCGCCGAGCAGCCCCACCCGGAUGCUGGGCGGCGCCUGAGCGGCUGCCCUCUUCCUCCUCCACCUCCUCCUCCUCCUCAUCCUCCU